AUGCUGCGGGUGCUCACCAACGUGUCGGGUAAAGAGUUGGGAUCGUACUUCGGGGCCAGUGUGUGUGUGCUGGACCUGAACGCAGACGGACUGUCGGACCUGCUGGUGGGCGCUCCCAUGGCAACAGGGGCUGGCCGCGAGGAGGGGCGCGUCCACGUCUACCUCAACCAGGGAGAGGCCGAGCUGCUGGAGCUGGACUUCGUGCUGUCGGGGAGUGAGGCGUACGCAGCCCGGUUUGGGGAAGCCAUCGCCGACCUGGGAGACCUGGACGACGACGGUUACCCAGACGUGGCGAUUGGAGCUCCUCAUGAGGACGAGCUGAGAGGAGCUGUGUACAUCUACAACGGCCGAAAGGAGGGAAUCUGGCCCAAUCCCUCACAGAGAAUUACAGGGGCUACUUUGGGUCGAGAGCUCCUCAUGUUUGGUCAGUCGCUCAGCUCAGGGGUGGACAUCGACGAUAACGGCUACCAAGAUGUGGCGGUCGGGGCCUUUCUCUCGGACUCUGCUGUCGUCCUCAGGUCCAAGCCUGUGGUGUGGGUGGAGGCCUCUGUACACCUGCCUCCCCACGUGGACCAGCAGGUGGCGUUGUGCUCAGACAACAGAGUGUGCAUGAACGUCAGCGUGUGCUUCAGGGUGAGCUCCAGGAAGUUCAGAGGAGCUGUAGAUCUUCAAUACAACGUGACGUCGGACCUCCUGCAUCAGCCCUCCUUCCCUCAUCGCUUCUAUUUCCACGGAAAUGGCUCGUCCAAUAGCACGAGGGGGCGUGUCCGGGCGAGGCUUGGGCAGCGCACCUGCAACAACCAUGUGGCUUAUCUGAGGCGGUCUGUGAGGGACAUCUACACUCCGGUGCACUUCCAGGCGGCCUUCAGUCUGAGAGAGACCACGCCCACUCGCACUCACAGGCCCCUCCCCCCUCUGAGGCCCAUCCUGCAGAGUGGUGGUACCAAGACCGCCAGUGCACAGACUCUCUUCUCUCGCACCUGUCUCAUGGAUGACUGCUCCACAGACCUGCAGCUCUCAGCUCUCCUCGUCCUGCCCGGUGCGCGACAGUACUUCCCGCUGGGCUGGGGGCGGAGCUUCAUGGUGAACGUGACGAUGGCAAACGCAGGAGACGACGCCUUCCUACCGCGCCUCACCCUCCUCUUCCCUCCCGCCGUCCAGUACGUCCGCGCAGCUGCUGACGAGAUGGCAGUGAGCUGUGACAUCAUUGCGGAGGUGAACAGCACAGUGGGCGUGGCCUGUGGGCUGGUGGGACUCCUCCUCCCCGCUCACGCUCAGCUCAACGUCAGCUUCCUGUUGGACGUGAGCCACAGCAGCUCCCCAGGUGACAUCACCCUCCAGCUGAGCAGUCGCAGUGAAAACUUUGAGAAGGAGAACUUUCUGAAGGACAACUCGCUCAGUCUGCUGCUGCCGCUCAAGCAGGAAGUGGACGUGUCCAUCCACGGGCACGGCAGCCCCUCGUCCUUCACCUUCUCUGAGCUGGAGCCGGACUACAGACCUGUGGACUGUUACACCGAAGCCCUCAACUUCACCUACAAGUCGAAGCCCUGUGUUAAGCAGCGCUGUAGAGGCUAG